AUGAUGUCUUCUGAUGAAGCCGACGACGUGCUCCCACGUGAAGAAGAGAUGCUGAAAACGAAAAAAGACAAGUACAAAGUGAUUGCACUUCUCGGAAAAGGAGGAUAUGGAGCUGUUUAUUCAGUUCUUCGACAAAGUGAUUCAGAGAAAUUUGCAAUCAAAUGUGAAAAGGCGACAGCUGCAAAGAAAGUCCUUUUGAUGGAUUGUAACGUCAUGAAAGGAGCAACACAGAUCAAGAGCCGUCAUUUUUGUGCUGUGCUGGAUCGAGCCAAUGUGAAGGAUCGUUUCAAUUUUAUUGUUAUGAAAUUGAUUGGAAAAAACUUGUGGGAUUUGAGACAAGAUCGUCCAGAUGGGAGAUUCUCGUUGGGUACUGCAUUGAAGACAGCAGCUCAAUGUUUAGUUUCAAUCGAACAUUUACAUAGUUUUGGCUAUCUUCAUCGUGACAUCAAACCCGGAAACUUUGCUGCCGGACGAAAAGAAUCCAAUGAGCAUCACACAAUCUUCAUGCUUGACUUCGGUCUUUGUCGUGAAUUUGUGAAAAGAGCCGAAGGAAAAGAUAUGAGAGCCCCACGUUCAUCUGCUCCAUUCCGUGGAACCACUCGCUAUGCUCCACUGGCUGCAAUGCUCCAACAAGAUCAAUCACGUAAAGAUGAUAUUGAAUCAUGGUUGUAUAUGGUUGUUGAAUGGACUUCUGGAGGUCUUCCAUGGAGAAAAUUGAAAGCCCACGAUAGGGAUAAAGUGCUUGCUUACAAGAAAGAUGUUCGGGAGAAAGCAGAUAUUCUCGAGGAUUUCUUGUAUAACUGCCCAAAGAAAGAGUUCACCAGAAUUCUCAAGUACGUCGACACCCUCGGUUACUAUGCAGUUCCAGACUACGGAUUCAUAUAUUAUUGUGUCAAACAUGCAGCUGUUGCCAAUAAAAUCAAAGAUAAUGAUCCCAUUGAUUGGGAUCCAGAACGUCCAUAUUUUGGUCCACUUGAAACUCCAGGAGACGGAAAAGUGAUUGAUUUGGAAGUAGAGGGAGGACAAUCAGUUAAAGAAUUCUCAAAGAGAAAUCCAAAGGAAAAAGAUCAAAGUGACGAGACUAGAAAGGGAAAAAAGAAAGCAGGAGCAUCGCCAAAUAGAGAGAAAACUGAAGUCAAAGAAGUUAAAAAAUGA